AUGUCGUCGUCGUCGCCGCCGAUGCAGAACGACAAAGAGUUUGCGGUGCCGAAUUGCGGCGAGAAUGCCGUCGAUAUGUCAUUGAGCGAUAACGAGAGAAGGUGUCGCACUCGAUUCUACAAGAAGAUCGAAGAAAUGCGCAGGAAUAAUCAAAUUGUUAUGGAGUGCUCUCGAUGCCUUCUCAUCUUCACCGACGUCAUCAUCUACCGCUUCCAUUCGAUAAUGCAUUCGUCGACGUUCCAAUGCACAAUGUGCCACACGCAAUGCACCGAUCGCCGCAAUUUCCUUCAGCACAGCAUCGAGUGCGCGCAUUCAAUGAUUCCGCCCUCGAUUGCCGAUCCGUCGACGAUCACAUUCAGCAACGGUUUGCCGAAUUUGCCAAGUCCAAUUAAUGAAUAA